AUGCCUCAACUAGCGACAACCGAACCGACUCCACCAAUUCCAACGGAUAACGCUGGUUAUCUUGACGAAUCUUAUAUAAGUAAUCUGUCUGAGCGCUCCCGAUUUGGUUCAAAUUAUAUACCCCCUUCAGAAGACUCCGAGGAAAUACCUGAAAUAGGAACUCCUCCUCCUCCAACACCAAAUACUCAGGACGAUGUAGCUUCUGACGUGACUGACGAAGACUGGGAAGAUUUACUUGAACAAACUCAACAGAUCCUCGUCGUAUUUAUACUCCCAUUCAUAGGACGGUGGCUAGGUCGAAGGUUUUCUUUCUGGGGUAACUAUUAA